AUGGGCAGGGCGCUAGGCGGCGGCGGCCAGGGUGGGGGAGGAGUGGGGUCGGGGCGGGGAUCGCCGAUGGGGCCAUUGCGGAUCGGCGCGAGGCCGGACACGAGGGUAGUGCAGGUGGACGACACGACGGUGCCGCUGCUGGACGGGCCGGAGGGGGGAGGGGAGCCGAGGGGGUUCUUCUGGAGGCCCAUUCUGUUCAGCGCGAGGAGGAAGAUCGGCGAUGUGGACUGCGGCGCGGCGCCGCCGAGGCGGUCGAUCGCCGUCGCACGGCCUCCGCCGGCGACGGCGCCACUGGAGGGGCGGUCCAGCGUCAACGGCACCGCUUUCAACCUGAUGAACACCAUGAUCGGAGCAGGCUUGAUGGCUCUGCCACGUGUGUACGCCAUGAUGGGCAUUAUUCUGAGUGUCUUCAUGACAAUUGUGGUGGCCACCUUCAUGUACCUGUGCUCCGCAGUGCUGGUGAGGGCUGCCGACCGAAGCUCCGAGAGGACCUACACUGAGCUGGCGAGGAGCCAACUGGGAUCAUGGGCUGGAUUUAUCGUCCAGUGUUCCAUUAUUCUCAACAAUGCAGGAAUCCUGCUGGUCUACUUGAUCAUUAUUGGGGACCUAAUGGUCGGCACGCAAAGCUCUGGAUACCAUGGACUGGUGACGUCAUGGUUUGGUAUCCACCCAGAGGCGGGAAAACUCCCGUGGUACUUGAGCCGCUGGUUCUCGGUCAUGAUGGUGUGCAUCGUGUUCCUGGGCCCGCUGGUCUUCCAAAAGCGCCUGCAUGUUCUGGCUCACACAAGCACUUUCGCAAUCGGCUUGGCCACUGCCUUUGCAGUGGCAACCACGCUGCUGGCCGUCGUGGUGGGGUUCCAGGGGAAAUUUGAUAAAAUCCCGUGGGGCAUGGACCCCUCCAUCAAGGAGCCCGACAUGCACAAGAACUGCAUUGCGGCGGUCGUGAUGACGGGAGUGCCGGUGCUGUUGUACGCGUUCGUGUACCUCUUCAACGUGCCACCGUUGAUGGCAGAGCUGAGGGACUACAGCCGCCCGCGCAUGAUCAAGGCCGUGCGCAUCUCCAUAGUCUCCACGACGAUCCUCUACAUCGUCGUGGGCGUGUCCGCAAGCCUGGUCUUCGGCGACGAAACCAAGCAAGACAUCUUGGUCAACCUGAACCCGAAGGCGCUGGGUGCCUUCAUGGGCCCCGACAUGGCGGAGACGCUGAGCUCCCUUGUUGCCCUGGGCUACGCCGGCAAGCUCAUCCUCAUUUUCCCUCUAGGAAACUGGUCGCUCAGGGAGAACUUGUCCGACUUGGCGUUUGGCACGCAGCGCCCCACGGGCUGGCGGUUCAACGUCAUGACCGCCGCCAUCCUGGUGGCCAUGUACGUCAUGUCGCUGAUGUGUGGCUCGGUGCUGAACGCCAUCGACAUCAUCGGCUGCACCGCCGCCGUAGGCAUCAGCUUCAUCAUACCCGCGUGGCUCAUCCAGAGGUUCGAGCCCAGCGGGUGCAUGAAGGCCUUCGGGGCGGCAGUGUGGGUCGUGGGGAUGUUCUGCCUUGUGGAGGGGUUGGUGGGGGAGAUGUGGCGGAUGGUGUACCAGGCGCCCCUCUUCUGCUGA